AUGGCUUCCAGACGUUCACCGUUCCCAGAUGUCGCAGAGGCUCCUGGGCUUUACUAUGGAGACCAAGGAUAUCUCUACUCAGUUCCCCAGACCCAGUUCCGAACUAUGUCUACUGCACCUAUGCAGCUGGCUGAAGAUCGACAUGGUCAGAUCUAUCCUGCCCCAGUUGCCCCAGCAGCUUCAACCUACAUCAUUUCCACCUGCUGCCGCAACGGUCACAGCCGCCGACGUCGUGCCUCACGCUACUUCAGAACCUACGACAGCGAUGCCUCAACUGAGAGCUACGUAUCGUAUGAGGAGCCCCAGCCAGCUCGACAGGAAGUAGAUCGUCUUCCACCUCGAAUCGCUCUCAAACAACUCUCGGAUUACCUCUACCACACUGUCAUCUUCUACGAAACCCAGCUCGUCAACUUCGCCCGCGAGCACCAGCGCAGCGGCCACGAUAGUUCCAAUGAAGCCCUUCGUCAAUGGCUCUGGAACGACUGGGUGAACCGCCGCGACAGCGCCACACGCGAUGGCUUCACGUCUACCAAGACCAGCGUCACGCAGAUGCUCCACCAGGUGGAGUUGUCGAUUGCGACGCCCUGGCUGGAGGAUACGGAGCUUGUGGCACGAUUUGACUUCAGCAUCAAGACUCUCAAGGCCAUGUGCGGCGAGAUUGUCAGAUUGGCUGGGAAAGCGGCGACUGAUUGGCGGGCUUGUCGCUUUCUGGUUGUUGAGUUGAAGAAUGCUCGAGACUAUGCUUGUCCUACUGGGCCUAUUCAGCGUCCUUUGUUCGUUGGAUGGGAUAAGGAGCAGGUUCUGUGA